AUGUUGUUAUGGAUUUUGGUAAUUAUUUUUGAUAGUCAAUUAGCUGUGUUAGUUGAUUGGAACACCGAUAUUGUGGCAACGAAAAAUGAACUCAUGCAAAGUCGAAACGAUGCAUUAUGGCAAUAUUUUGAUAGUAUUGUGGAAAGCGAUGAAUUAUUUAAAUCACGAGAUGCUAUGAAAAAAAUAAUCGGCGAAUUCAAAGAUGUCGAUCGCCUAAAAAUGGUGAAUCACAAUUAUGAAACGAUGACACAAUGGCUAAAUGAUUUUGCAAAACGUUUUCCUAAUAUUACAUGGCUCUAUUCAAUUGGUGAAAGUGUUGAAAAUAGAAGUUUAUGGGUUUUAUGUAUUUCGAAAAGUCCAAAAAUUCAUCGUGUUGGCGUGCUUGGGCGCGAAGCGCUUUUAUAUUUCGCUUAUGUUUUAUGUGAAAAUUAUGGUAAAAACGAAUAUAUUUCGAGAUUAAUUAAUAAUACCAGAAUUCAUUUAAUGCCAUCGCUUAAUCCCGAUGGUUAUGAAAGAGGUUUUGCUGGUGACAGAACAAGUGAAAUGGGAAGAGCCAACGCUAACAAUAUUGAUCUAAAUCGAAAUUUCCCUGCUAGAUAUCCGUGGCAUAAAGAAAACUCUGGUUCAUUGGUGGCAAACUAUCCUUAUGAUGAUUCAGAUUCGGGAAAAGAUGGUAUUUAUUCUCCCACGGCUGAUGAUCGACUUUUUACAGCACUUGCUUAUACAUAUGCAAGAUCUCAUACAAAGAUGUGGAAAACUGGCCGACGAUGUGGAUUGAAUAUAUAUGGUGAUAGCUUUUCCAAUGGUAUAACCAAUGGAGCUGCAUGGUAUCACUUGGCUGGCGGUAUGCAGGAUUGGCAAUAUAUUCAUUCCAAUUGUUUUGAAAUAACAAUUGAAAUGGGCUGUUUUAAAUUUCCUUAUAAUCAGAUGUUACCUCAAUUAUGGGAUGAACAUAAAUAUUCAUUAUUUGCUUUCUUAGAAUUCGUGCAAAGAGGAAUAAAGGGAUUCGUUUUUGAUAUUUUGGGUAAUCCAAUUGCAAAUGCCAUAUUAUCAGUGAAUCAAGGAAAACAAAUCAAAACUACCACUGACGGUGAAUUUUGGCGUAUUUUGUUGCCAGGGAAAUAUGAGGUAAACGUCUCCCAUCCCAAAUUUCAAUCAAAAUUAUUAAAAGUUGAAGUCAAAAAUGGAUGGGCAACUGAACUUAACGUAACAUUAGAAGCUAAGACAUGCCCAUUAGCUUCGAACGGAAUAUAUUUGCAAGGAUCAGGGCCAAUUCGUAUUGCUGUUCUUGGAAUUGAUUCCUUCAGUAAUGCGGUUAUAUAUUCAAUGUUGAAUGCUACAUGUAGUGGUAGCAAAUUAUUUGAGCAUUUCAUUAAUAAUACUACGGUUCAUAUUUUGCUGCCUUAUACAUCUUCGCAACAUUUAUCUUAUCUCAAGAGUCACGAAUUGGAUGUUAUUUUUAUCCUCAGUCAAGGAUUGCCGAGAUCGUUAAUUUUCAGUGCUAAUGAAAACAAUCCGCCAGCAUUCAACAAGUCAAAAUUAGAUUAUAGUUUUAAAAUGAUAUUUUCUAAUGAAUCUCCUAUAUGUCGAAAUAAUUUGUUGGAUUCGAAGGUAUCUUCGAUGGUUGAUUUGAUAGGACUAUCAAAAGCAUUUGAAAUUGGUAUAUCUCUUGGUUGUCCAUCAAAUAAUAAUACUGAUUCAGUUAUUGCUUUAGCAGCUACACUGCAGACGAUUUCUGGCUUGUAUAGAGAAGCGCAAAGCAAAGUAACGGAACAUUUUGUUCCAACCGACCACUCUUUACCUCCUGAAACCUCUGUAACAAAUGCCAGAAUUGAAAAAAUUCGCUGUGGUUCAUUUAUUGACAUCGAUGAUAUGAAAACAGUGAUUAUCGGAUCCGGGCGUGGGCCGAAAAUAUUGCUAAUGUCUAUUGAAGAGAGAACCGAAACUUUGGUUUAUAAAUUGGCUUCACAAUUUUGUAUGGACGAGAAAUCCAAUGUUAAUACUAAAUUAUCUGUCUUAACAAAUUCAUCGACCAUCAUAGUUGUUCCAGAACUUGCCCAUCCUCAGUUGUAUUGUCACGAUUAUAAUUCGGUUGCACCACUAGAGCUAAUGUUGAAAAAAUUUCUGAAUCGCUUUCCGUCUAUAGAUUAUAUCAUUAUGUAUGCUACGGGUGGACUUAAAGUUCGUUACAUUGAAAGAAGUGGACAUGUAGAACGACUGGCAAGAGAAUAUGUUUUACAGCAUAAUUCUAUGAAUCUUGGGGCAGCUGAUGUAUGCAGAAGUUUUCUUUGCUCCAGUCACAUUGUUCUUUUUCCCGAAAUAGCGAAAAGAUCUUGUGGAGAUAUUUUAAGGGUAUCGAGCACAGACCAUUUUUAG